UUCAUUUGCAUCAACUAAAGCUCAAUCUUAUUAUUAGUUCCUUCCCUCCCUCUCUUGAGAUCCUUCUUUCAUUUGCAUACUUGUUUUUUUUUUUUUCUUGUACUCCAACACACAAAGUACAAACAAAGUAGAAGAAGAAGAUGUCAGGAGUUUGGGUGUUCAACAACAACGGAGUAAUGAGACUAGUAGAAAACCCGGCAAAUGAGAGAUCAUCUACUGCACGGCGAAAAAGCUUGCUUUAUACCCCUAGCAAUGAAGUAAUCAAUUCGUUCGCCUCGCUCGAGCGGAAGUUGAUGAACCUUGGAUGGGAGAGAUACUACGAUGAGCCGAACCUCAUCCAAUUCCACAAACGUUCAUCGAUCGAUCUCAUCUCCCUUCCCAAAGAUUUCACCGAGUUCAAGCCCUUCCACAUGUUCGAUAUCGUGGUCAAGAACCGCGAAGCUUUUCGAGUCAUAGACCAAUAAGUUUCCACUUCAUGGUAUAUCAAGAGUGCUUCAACAACAAGUAUAUCACUAGUUUGAGUAUGAGCUAACAUAUGAUUAAUUAGUUUGAUUGUAAAAUGUGUCUAUUUGGUAUUGCAUUGUGUGUGGCAUAAGCAGUGAGUAUUGCAAUGGAAUAGUGUGUAGUGUAAUAUGUUAGUUAUUGUAAAACCCCCCAAAAAAUAUAUAUAUAUAUGUUUGUGUGUUAUUAAUUAAUUAAUU